UGCCAGAUGAGCAGAGAGAUGAAGGCUGUGUCCCUCCUCUUCAUCCUACUUCUCCUCCUCACGUCAGGAGCCUGUGAUGGUGUCAAGUACAUCUCCAAAAGGAACUCUGUGGAUGGAUGUAUUGACUGGUCAGUGGAUUUGAAGGAAUACCAUGUUCUGGCAGGGGAGCCAGUUCGGGUCAAAUGUGCCUUGUUCUACAGCUACAUUCGAACCAACUACACCAUGGCCACCAACGCCAAACUGCGACUCAUAUGGUACAAGAACAAAGGAGAUGCUGAGGAGCCAAUCAUCUUUUCAGGCCACAGGCUGAGUAAAGAAGAUGACUCCAUCUGGUUCCGAUCUGCUGAAAUGGAAGACAAUGGAUUCUACACGUGUGUGCUGAGGAACGCCACAUACUGCAUGAAAGUGUCCAUGUCGAUGACAGUGGAGGAGAGUGACGAAGGUAAAUGCUUCAGCAGCAGAAUCCGUCAUUUGGAAAAAGCUGAGGUAACCCACAGUAAAAUGAUCACCUGUCCUGAUAUAGAAGACUACAUGGCUCCAUACAAACAGCCACAGAUGAGCUGGUAUAAGGAGUGUGAACAUGUCGAAUGGAGAAGCUCCAUCAUUGUGAACACAACCCACAUUUGGAUUCCUGAGGUAGAGGAGGAUGACGGUGGAAACUACACCUGCGAGCUACAAUAUGGAUCCAGACUGGUGCGGCGGACAACACAACUCAAAGUGACGGCUCUCCAGACAACUCAACCUCCCAAGGUCCUUUUCCCACCAGAGAGACAAGACACAGUCAUAGAAAUCACACCCGGUAUGCCUCUCAGUCUGGACUGCAAGGCAUUUUUUGGCUACAGCGGAGAAACCAGAAGGCCCAUCAUCUACUGGAUGAAAGGAGAAAAGUUUGUUGAAGAACUUGCAGGACACAUUAAAGAAAGUGAAGUGAGAGUUUUGAGGGAGCAUUUAGGAGAAAAGGAGGUUGAGCUAUCGCUGACGUUUGAUGCUGUGGAUGAGGCAGACUUGGCCAACUACACUUGUUAUGUGGAGAACCACAUUGGGAAGCGCAGUGGGAGUGCCAUACUGCAGAAAAAAGAUAUGUAUCGGCUGGAGCUGGCCGGUGGCCUGGGGGUCAUAUUGCUGCUGCUGGGAGUGUUGACGGCCCUCUACAAGUGCUACAACCUAGAGAUCAUGCUCUGCUACAGAAGACACUUCGGUAGUGAUGAAACUGAAGACGACAAUAAGGACUAUGAUGCCUAUCUGUCCUACACUAAAGUGGACUUGGACUCUCUGGGGAGCAGGACAAGUAGUGAUGAGGAGACAUUUGCUUUGGAGAUCCUGCCAGAUGUUUUGGAGAAACAUUAUGGAUACAAACUGUUUCUACCUGACAGAGACCUAAUACCAAGUACCACCUACAUCGAGGACUUGGCUCGGAGCGUGGAGCAGAGCAGGCGUCUAAUCAUCGUCCUAACUCCAGAGUUUGUUGCCAAAAGAGGGUGGAGCAUCUUCCAGAUAGAGACACGGCUCCACUCCAUGCUGGUUACUGGAGAGAUCAAGGUGAUCAUGAUAGAGUGUGCUGACCUGAAGAAUGUCAUCAACUACCAAGAGGUUGAAGCACUUAAACACACGAUCAAGGUUUUAUCGAUCAUCAAAUGGAGGGGCGCAAAGAGCAACGAGCUGUCCUCCAAGUUUUGGAAGCAGGUGGUCUAUGAGAUGCCUGCUAAACGCAGAGAGACACUUUCCAAACGCCAGGUGAUGGACUCUGGUGAACAGGGCCUUUUUGGUGACUUACAGACCACUGUUUCUACUAUUGCUAUGACUACCACCUCUGCCUGCAUGGUGCCACCCAAUGAGAAUCGCCAUGGACAUCACCAGGUUGCCUUGGCGACAGAGAUCCCUGACUACAACCAGAUGACUUUACCGCUGGGAGGAGGCCACACAGCAACGGCAGCCCAAAUGAGACAUUUCUGCCGCAGCUACGAGUUCCAGCUUCCCACGCAGCCCGCCCCCCUGUCACCUCCCCUCCCACUUCCCUCCACCGUGCAGUUCUCCACUCUGGGCUCUGGGGGGCGCCAUGUCUACUGUAACAUCCCCAUGACACUGCUGAAUGGACAGGCACCUCAGAGCAGUACUCUGGGGAAGAAGCCAGAAGUCCACCUGAACAGCACCUUCGUCCCGCUCACCAGCAGAGAACUAAGCUCUGACAUCUGGUAGGAGGUCCGUUGACCUGCCGCUCGGUCACACAUCGGUUCGGAAGGAUCUCAGUUGGCUUUUGGACGGUGUACAGACAUACCAUGCUGGAUUUUAGUCAAAAGUGGUGAAGGACUGCUUCAGUUCACUUCAGACUCUGGACAACUGAGUGACAAACACUCCGUAUGCCUGACAGUGUUUGGAUACUGCAAACUACUUACAGAAUAUAAAACUGAUUUUGCAUUGGUUUCUGGACCUGACAUCUCCUUACAGACCAGUAUGGACUGGUAUUGGAGGUGUAAAAAGGAAUGCCAUAACAACGGAUGAUCUUGAAGAAGAAUAGUAAAGAGCAAAUGGUCAGAAUGAGUUGACUGUUUGGAUGAGUGGAUGUUUCUGAACAGGUAAAGUCAAUUAGAAGGACCUAAAUACUUCAACCAUGGAGCCACACUCUGGAGGAUUAAGUUGAACCUUGGAGCACAAGACUUUCCAAUAAUAAUAAUAUUAAUAAUAAUAGCUUGCCUUUGGGAAUAGCGGCACAAACAGAUGAUGGCUGCUACCCAGAAAACCAGCAUCUCAGACUAUUGGAGAACAGGAAAUGGUGCAAUCAUGGAAGUCCAUUUCCAGUCCAGGUCAAAUGAUGCAGUAUUCACUUCUUUGCUUGGUGGUUUAUCUGUGAAUAGGGCAGCCUUCAAAGCUAUGAUUUUUUGGAAUACCAGUCCACCUUAAAGCAACAAGUCAACCUCUUAAAAUACAACUAUAAGUGUUUUUUAAAUGUGGUUUAGGUGCUGGAAGCAGAAAUUGAUGACUCAAUAAAUAGAAUCCAACAACAAUAGGAAGACGCCCAAUGAUGUAAAUGUUUUAAAAAAAAGCUACACUUAAUUACUGAGAAAGCACAGUUAGUUGGUUGUUAUGGAUCAAUAGGCAGAUUCAUAAAAGUGGCUCCUUACUUGUGAGAAAGGAGCAGGAGACUGGCAAGCAGCCAGCCCAUCACACUGUAACCCAGAGAUCCUGACUGUCAGGUGAAAAAAGCCAACGUCUCCAGAGGCAAAAGUGCUUAGAGGUGAAAAAGAAAAAAAAAAAUCUUUUAUCCCCAAGCUUACAGGCAUUAAGGACUUGGCUUUUUCUAUUUGCAUGACCACCAAUUUAUAUAUAUAUAUAUAAAAAAAUACUCAAACAUAUGAAGACAACCAUUUGUCUCAGAUUCUUUAAAAUAGAAGAAUAAACAUUUUAUGUUGAUAAGGUAUUGUUCUGUCUUGCCAUAACGAAACAAUAAAGGG